AUGCCCGUCAGCUUCGCCUCCCCCUCCGACAAAGAACCCGCCUCCCAAAACCCGACCGAAGUCCGCUCAACAGGCAGCGCAGGCGCCGCCUCCCUCGAAGCCAUCAACUACCUCCAGCAAAAUGAAAUAGGCACUCGCACACGCAUCGGCGCCUCGAGUGACGGUAUUGUUUCUGCCCCGCACUCAGAACAGCCUACUGCCAUGCCUUCGGGAAAUGCGCCUAGUGCUCGCCAGUUGACCAAGGAUGAGGCCGAUCGGUUGUAUGAGGAGAAUAUUGAGGAUGAAUACGCGAAGAGAGAGGGCGGUGCUUGA